UUGCACUACAAUAUCACCUUGGAUCCAGGACCACAGCAGUGUAUUCGAGAAUUGACUGAUCCUAUUCGCGGUUCCCGUUGGCAGUUCAUUUACUCCUCCUCCGGCUUGAUGGUUCAACUCCGCCGCCCGCAAGAUACCACAUUCACCCAGUUCCAAUACGCUCCAGAUUCCGGUCGUUUAGAGCGUAUUCUCUUUCCGAAUGGAAUGGUCUUCCACGCCGAGCAGUAUGACGCUCUUAGUUCACGCUCUCAGUUCACGCGCCAGGGUAAACUGGGCAUACAAAAUCGUUCGAUCGGACGACAAAGCGAGAUGCUUUGUCGAUACGACGAACGUACCGAUCCAUGGUCGGUACAAUUUGUCCAACACUAUCCAGGCACACCUUCCAGUUCCAGUCGACGUCCGGCCAGACUUUUCCGACGUAUCCAAUUGCCCGAUCGGAUGGAUCAGCCUCGUUUGAUUAAUUCAGUCCUUUGGACAUUUGACCGGAACGCGAAAGUCAGCCCCAGUUCACGCCUUGCCCGUCAUCGUACACGUCGGCAAAUCUCUCGAAGUCACCUGCCCAGUCCAACUGAGUUAUCUCGUUCACUGCAGGUAGGCCACACAUCCGGAUGGUCUGUUGGGACUAGCAGUCCACAACAUACAAAUCUGGUUCGUGCUCCUCGAUCCGCUUUCUCAUAUCUGAGCAGCGCUCUCUCGUUGUCCGGCUAUCGGACAGCAGUCGGUGCCGAGUCGGUCGAGUGGCAGUAUCAUAAAACACUUGUGGUGAGUGAAUCCUUAUCCACAUAUUUUUAA